UCACCGCAGGGGGCCGUCCUCCAGGAGCCCUACGAGGCCGACAUGGUCAUCUCCGACACCUUCCAGGACAGUGCGUGACCUCACCGUCUCUAGAAAGGUUUGAGGAUUCGCUCCAGGCUCCUCAUGCCCCGCCCCUCUCUCAGUUCCCAGCAUGCAAUUCGAGAAGAGCGCCUACACCGUGAAGGAGAAGGACAGCGCCCUGCACAUCGCCAUCAUCCGGACGCUGCUUCACCCGCACCAUGUCGGCCGUGGUGAUAGAGGACUUCGAGGAGCGGAGGAACGCCGACGAGUAUCGCUUCACUUUCCUCAGGGGCGAGAAGGUGAAAAACUGCAGCGUCCGCGUCAACGACGACUCGGUUUUUGAGCCCGAGGAGGAGUUCCAGGUGCAUCUCGAGACGCCGCAGGGCGACCACUGGAGCGGCGCCAUGGUGGGCUCCCGCGACAUCGUCACCGUCACCAUCGCCAACGACGAAGAUGGUGAGAAUCCCAGACAGCAGAUUACUGGAGGAGAGGUUCAAUUCCUUCCGUUUGAAUGCAAAGUUCUAAAUCAUGGAGUAGAAUCCACACUUUUGUAAAAUGUAAAGUACAGUGGGUCAGUCCAACCACCAGGGGGCAGCACCCUGAGCUCUGCCCUCCUCUCCUCCUCCAGCCCUCACCAUAGCCUUUGAGCAGGCGUCCUACCAGUUCAGGGAGCCCCCGGGUCCCGACGGCGUGGAGGUGCUCAGCGUCAAGGUGAUCCGAGGGGGUGAUCUGGACCCGACCUCCAAGAUCCGCUGCAGCACCCGGGACGGAUCGGCCCAGUCCGGAGUCGACUACAACCCCAGGAGCCGAGUGCUCAAGUUCCCUCCUGGUCAGUGUAGAAACACACGCACAUGUAUGAGUUUAUAAACAUAUAAACAUAUAUAUGUAUCUGUAUCUUCUCGCUCCG